AUGAACGCACCUAAUAUCAAAGACACAGACUUGCCCACAGGCAUCGAGCCCUUGCGACAGUCCGUCGUUCCCUAUAUUGGCACAAUAACUACGGAGCCAGAGUAUUCUAGAGCGCCAGCCACACAUCUACAACCUCUCUCUCCUCCGCGGUUCGCCAAUGUUGAUGCGCACUUUUAUUCCAGCCUGUCGCCGAGCGACGCCGGACAUGAUCGGCAACAGAUACCGGGACAACUAGAUUACUACUUCCAGAGCCCUGACCACGCGGCUGAAUUGGCGGCCAGGGAAGAGAGGCGGAAACGCAAUACCGCCGCCAGUGCAAGGUUUCGAAUGAAGAAGAAGCAGAGGGAAGAGGCCUUGGAACGGAAAAUGAGCCAAGUACAGGAUAGGAACGCGAAGCUGGAGGAGAAAGUCGAUCAGCUGGAACUGGAAAACAAGUGGCUGAAGGAUCUAAUCACGGAGAAGAACAAGAAGCCUGUAAGCGAUUACGGAGAGCGCGAUGACGAUCUUGGAACAUCAGAACGGUGCCUACCGUCAACGGAGCAAGCGGAAUGGGUCACGAAGAAUAGAGUCUGA